UUCUCUCUCACACUAUCACUCCCUCUAUCAUCUAUGCUUCUCUCCUUCCCUCUCUCCCUCUGUUCCUGCCGGCUGGGUGCUGAAGUUGGGCGGAUGGCAAAAAUGCAUCUCGGCUAGUGCGCAGAAGAGCAUCUCCCGGACAGCUCCUUACCAGGCAGCAGCUGCAGCAGCCCCCCUACAAAGCCAGUGGCCACAGAGGAAUUGCUGAAAUGAGAAAGAGGCAACAGUCACAAAAUGAAGAAACCUCCACAGUAUCGCAAGCACCUGGUGGGAAUCAAAGGCCGAACACUUGCUGUUUUUGUUGGUGCUGUUGUUGCAGCUGCUCAUGCCUCACUGUUAGGAAUGAAGAUAGAGGUGAGAAUUCAGGACGAAUGGCACACACAACAAAGAUGGAAACUAUACAGGCUGUAGAAGAAUGCCAAAUUCCUACUACAGAGGAAAUUCUAUCUUGGUCUCACAAUUUUGACAAGAUGAUGAAAAGUCCUGCAGGAAGAAAUCUCUUCCGGGAAUUUUUACGCACAGAAUACAGUGAAGAAAAUCUCCUUUUCUGGCUGGCAUGUGAAGACUUAAAGAACGAACAAAACAAGAAAGUCGUUGAAGAAAUGGCUAGGAAUAUAUAUGAAGAUUAUAUUUCUAUACUUUCACCAAAAGAGGUCAGUCUUGACUCCAGAGUACGGGAGGUGAUCAACAGAAAUUUGUUGGAUCCAACCCCUCAUAUGUACGAAGAUGCUCAACUUCAGAUUUACACAUUGAUGCACAGAGACUCAUUCCCAAGAUUUUUAAACUCACAAGUAUAUAAAACACUUUUAGAGAGUACAGAAGGUUCUACCAUUGACUCUUAGCUGAAAAAGUUAGUGAAAUAUAGUUUUUUUGGUCUCAACAGAACAAAUAUGUAGUUUAAUAACAUCAGACGCUGAGUUCCUGGAGAACUCUGGUCGUGCACUACUCAGGCUACUGUGAAGAAUAAACAAAAAAAAUUGCUUUGUGUCUUCAUUUCCCCAAGGUCUUUCAUGCUUGAGUUUGAGAAAUAAACAACACUGGAAUUGCCACGUUUGUUUUAUACACAGUUCACUUGAGUGUAGAAAAUAAUGACCUAUUUGUGGGACUAUGAACAAACAAAUUGUUUUAGCUCAUACUGCAUGUGUAAAGAUACAAAAAUUACCUUUUAUUCACCAGUCACGUUGCAAUAUACAAGCAAUUACAUUAAAUAUGUACUUAGCACUAUUUUAUGUGGAACACAGUGUUACAUAAGAAAAAAAAAAAGAAAAAAAGAGUACGGAUCUUCAUGUGGACUGUGUUUCCUUUGCUGAUUUUUAUGUAUUGAUAAUACUAUUAUAAACGUUUAAAAGUAUUUUUUUCAGUGAUGUAAGAUAUGGGAUAUUCUGAAGAAAAUACUGUACAUGAUAAAGUAAGAGAUAGAAGUUGGAUUGUUCACAGAUUUACACUGCCAAAUUGUGGCUUUCUAUUUUUGUUACAGAGUUUGCAAUGUCAAAAAAGCACAAACCAUUUAAAGGAUAUAUGUCUGGAUGACCAAACAUUUGAGCUGACAUUGUUUAUUGUUGUUAUAAGAAAUUUCAUAAUUAUGUACAUUUUAGAUGUCAUAUACAUAAAAUGAUUUAAUAAAACUGGUCUGCCAGUUUUAACAGUGUUGUCUAGCAUAAUGUAUUUCAGCAAAAAAAGUAAAUAACAAUGAAAUUGAUACUUUAAUAUUUUCAAAAUCAAAUAUAAUAAAAAAGUUUACCUAUAUUUAGCACUUGGAAACAUUUGAUUACACAUCUGUUUAAAUUCAUAUUACUGUGUGCAAAAAUGCUUAGAGUACUUAGCUUAAGUUAAACAAUUUAUCUUUAGAAAGCUACAUACAUUAAAAUGUAAAUCUCUUAGUUUCUAAACUUAUUGCACCUCUUCUAGAAACAUUAUAAGCUGCAGUGAUCAGCCACGAAACCAAACUUUUAUUAUUUAAAUAUAAUGAGAGGCAAAAAAACAGCAUAUUUGCUUGUGCUGUCUGAGUAAUAGUUUACUACUGUUUGCUUGACAUAGUUUUAUAUAUACACAAAAAAUACAUAUACACAUAUACACACACACUGCAAACAUUUCUGUUUUGACAUACAGUUUAAUUUUUCAACAAUAGUCAAAAUAAAUUACAUUUAAGACAUUAAUUGCAUGAAAACUAAGUGUUUAACAUAUUUGUUAAUUACUUACUACCUCUUUUUUUAUUUAAGGUUUUUAGUUUUUUUGUCUAUUUAUGCAGUUUUAGUAACUUUUACUUGAAGCAUUGCAAUUUUUAUUUGCAUCAUUUCACAUAUAUGACAUUUACCAUAGAUUAUUUUACAUUUUAAUCUUGUACAGAAAUCAGGAGAAAUGGAUUUAAAGGGCUAUUAUAUGCUCUCUAUGCAAAUAUUUUACUUAUGUUGAUAUUUGAAUAAUGUAGAGUUUAAAGAAACAAUAAAUUAAAAAUAGAUGAAGAAUUCAUUCUGUUUACACUGAG